AUGCGAUCUGCCAAAGCUGUCAUUUCAGAAAAACUCGCGCGCUUAGGAUCUGGUUCCAAUAUGUCUUACAACACAGGAAGCGGUAUGCACGCCUCUAAUCGGCCGCCGCGCACCAUCACUUCUCUGCGUCGCUGGUCUAUCAUAAACAAGGAGCUCCCUGCUAUUCCCCACAUUCGCGCAAUUCACGUCUACGAUUUCGACAACACCUUAUUUCUUAGCCCCUUGCCAAACCCACAAAUAUGGCAUGGAUCCUCAGUCGGCUUCCUUCAAACGAAUGAAAGCUUCGCAACUGGAGGGUGGUGGCACGACCCCAAUAUUCUCCGUUCGACAGGAAAGGGUCUGGAGGUAGAAGAGCCUCUUGCGUGGGAAGGCUGGUGGAAUGAACAAAUUCUUCGUUUGGUUAGGAUGAGCAUGGAGCAGAAAGAUGCCCUGACGGUUCUUUUGACUGGUCGCAGUGAAGCUGCCUUUUCGGACAUCAUCAAGCGUAUGAUCGCAAGCCAAAAGCUUGAAUUUGACCUCAUUGGUCUCAAACCAGAAGUUGGGCCGAAUGGCCAACGAUUCGCAACUACAAUGAACUUUAAGCAAAGCUUCCUUGAAGAUUUGGUUCUCACUUACGAACAGGCCGAAGAAAUUCGCGUGUACGAGGACCGUGUGAAGCAUGUGAAAGGCUUCCGGGACUUCUUCGAGGAUCUCAACAGAAAGCUUCAGAUGGGAACUGCUCCUACCACACGGCCGCCUCUUCUUGCAGAAGUCAUUCAGGUAAAUGAGGGCUCCACAUACCUUGACCCCGUAACGGAGACUGCUGAGGUUCAGCGCAUGGUGAAUGCCCAUAAUCUUGCAUUGCGUAACCCUGCCCUGAAUGCGAGCAAGAGUCGAAAUGGGCGGUUGCAAAUCAAGCGUAUCGUCUUCUACACAGGUUACUUGGUUACCCAGGAGGUGUCGAACAGCAUGACACAGAAUUUACUGGGACCACUUCUGCCCCCCGGGCUUGCUGAAUCAAAUGAUCUGAAGUACAUGGCUAACAGUAUUCUCAUCACUCCACGCCCAGCUUCCCGCUCUAUUCUGGACAAGAUUGGAGGUAUGGGCAAGAAGCUAACCUGGAAGGUUACUGGAACUGGAAACCUGGACAACAAGAUUUGGGCGGCCCGCGUGGCGCCUAUCCCAGCAACCGAGCCAUUCCACACGGAGAACCCGCUGCCCAUUGUAGUAUUGGCCGUCCGCAAAGGUGCUCGUCUGAUUGAUGCAGGAAAGAUUCAGAACUGGCAUCCUAUUCCGGCUGACAAGGCCCUUACCUUUGAAACGGUGAUCGGGGAAAAGGUUGUGCUGCGUGUUGAAGACACAGGAGAUUUGCGCGCUGGAGAACGCACUUUGAACAGGGGACAGAAGAGACGAUUGCAACAUGAUCAAGAUGACAAUGUCAACUGGGCGCCCAACCAAACCACUGGGUAUGAAAGUUCACAUCAUGACCGUGGCAACCACCACACUUCCUAUCGGGGAGGAGGUGAGAGCCGCUUCCAGCCGUAUGAUGAUAACCAACGAGGAAGAGGAGCUCACCGUGCCCGUGGCCGAGGUGCUGGCCGUGGACGGGGCAACAACUCUCGCGGUCGUGGCAGAGGAGGCCGAGGCCGAGGUGACUACUACCAGUACAAGUCACUGGAUGAUCACGGCAAUUCAUAUGAUGGGCCACACGACAGCCACGGUGGUGGAGGUGCGGCAAGAGGGGGCUACUCGAUGGAAUAUUGA